AUGAUCGGUGCAGGAGUAUUGUCUGGGGCUUUAGUGGUGCCAGAGUACGCGUUCAACGACCACACGCCACCCAACAUGGAGCUGAUCCAGCCGUUCUGCGAGGACGUGCACAACUGGCUGAGCGCCGACUCCAGGAACGUGGCCGUCGUGCACUGCAAGGCUGGCAAGGGCAGGACUGGAACAAUGGUGUGCUGCUACUUACUGUACAGCGGGCAGAAGGCGACAGCGGACGAAGCGUUACAGUUUUACGGCACCAAGAGGGCGCACGACGAGAAGGGCGUAACGAUACCCUCGCAACGGCGGUACGUGGAAUACUACGCGGCACUACUACGGUCGCGGCUGCAGUACGCGCCCACCAAGCUGUACAUCCGCGAGCUGGUGAUGAGCCCGCCGCCCAUGCUCAACGGCGGGCAGUGCUCCCUCGAGCUGACCGUCACACACGCCGCGCCCGCCUUCAAGGUGGGAGGCGGUGGCGUAGAAUGCCGUCGCGGCGCCAACUCCGCUCGCGUAGUACUCGGCGCCUGCACGCCUCUACGGGGUGAUGUGCGCGUAGACCUGCACCACAAGCCCAAGAUGAUGCGCAAGGAGAAGCUGUUCCACUUCUGGUUCAACACCUUCUUCGUGGCGGCCGGCGUGGGAGCUGUGCGGAUUCCACCGCCAUCAGACAGUCCCAACCAAGAGACGUUCAAGUUGACGCUUAACAAGUGGCAACUAGACGACGCGCAUAAGGACAAACAGCAUAAAAUAUACAGCCCUGAUUUUAAGGUGGAAGUAAUAGUUCAGAAACAGCCGGAUUCAUCAACGUUCAGCGUCGCGGCGCCCAGAGCCGGUUGGUCGGCGUCGUCGGCGUCGUUGUCCGACAACGAUAACGACAACGACAACGACUCCGACGUCGAACAGGACCAAAACCAGGACCAGGACAACGAACCCGACGGACACUGGGACUCGGGUAAAUAUAGAUACACUGACAUCAAAAAUAACUCUUGCGUUUAA